GAACGCACGCACGAUAUAUUGAGUUUAAACAUACUUCUAUAUUGUUUACUUAACUCUUAAAACUAUAAACUUUCUUUUGACAGUUUGUUCAAGUAUUUUUUAUCUUUAUUUUAAAAGUAAACCGAGUGUUUUACAAUUGAUAAGUAUUUUUUUUAUCUUGUGAAGUGAUCAGUCUAAAUAAGAUUGGAUUUUCGUUUCUUUGUCAGUUUUCUGUGUGAAUUGAACAGUCUGAAUUUGGAAGCUGUUGCGAGUUGCUGGUUUUUUUUCCGUUGGUGAAUUUUUGUGAAAAGAGUGAAUAUGGACGUGGAAAAUGCCAAUUGUAAGAUCAAGGUAUCACAAUGUGCUGAUAUGGAAGUGUUACCCAUUGAGAGACCAUUGAAAGUUGAUGUUGAAAUAACCGGCCUAGACAUACUGAUACAGGAGCUACACAGGAUGUUCUCUUGCGACCACGUCAAUGUACAGGAUGUUCAGAAAGUGAUGCUCGGGUACAAAUCCAACCCGAAGGAUUGGAGCAAAUUCGCGAAGUUUGAUCGUUUCCGAUACACACGUAACCUGGUAGACGCUGGCAACGGUGCCUUCAACAUCAUGAUCCUCUGCUGGGGAGCUGGUCAUGCCUCCGCUAUCCAUGACCAUGCUGACUCACACUGCUUUAUGAAACUCUUGAGUGGCAGUCUUGAGGAAGUCAGAUACGAGUGGCCUGAAAACGUGCAACCGGAAGUGGUCAAGGUUUUAAACAACAACAAAUCGCGAAGGAAAUGCUGCUCAGAAAGCCAAGACCUGCCGGACAGCGUAUCCGAACUCACCAUAGACAACCCGGAUGACAGCUGUCAAACUGAAAGUUGUCAAUGUGACAGGUGUCAGAAACGUGACAGUGACAGGUGUCAAAAUGGGCGGGAAUAUGAAGAGGGAUACGAUGUGAGGGAUAUGAAAGUUAGGGGGAGGACACGAAUGGAGGUUAACGAUGUAUGUUAUAUAAAUGAUGCCCUAGGCCUCCACCGAGUAGAGAACCCGUCUCACGUAGACGGGGCAGUCUCCCUACAUCUCUACUGCCCACCGUUUGACAGCUGUCGUGUGUUUGACGCAAGGACAGGCAAACCCACGGAGGUGAAAGUUACCUUCUGGUCUAUGUAUGGCAAGAAGAUUAAGAGGGUUUUGCAAGCAAAUGAACCAGCCGACAGUCAGCAGUAGAUUUAAAAAACAAAUAAAAUAAAAACUAAGCAUUCCAAUCUAGUAUUUUAAUGAAAAAAUGUUGAUUAAUUAGUAGAAAGACAAAAAAAUCAUGUUAUACGAUUAUUGUAUAUUAUAUAUUUUUUACAGUAGAAGCUACGAUCCAAAGUAGUCAUUUUUCUAUUUUUUAGAAAUAUUUUUGUGUAUUCACCCUGUAUUUUGUAUCUAAUUUAAAAAUUAAACAUCUUUGGCAGUCGCUACGGGUAGUCAGAAGCCAGUAUGUCUGACAAGUCGUAAUGGGUUGUUCGAGUAACUGGGUUGAGGAGGUCAGAUAGGCAGUCGCUUCUUGUGGCACACUGGUACUCAGCUGCAUCUCGAUAGACUGGAAGCCGACCUCAACAUAGUUGGGAAAAGGCUAGGCAGAUAAUAAAAAUUUUAUCGCAGCGUAAAAAUAAGCUGUUAUUCAACUUUAAUGAAUACAAUAUUUUUCAGCAAUAGUCAUUUAGUUUAGUGCGAUAUUUUGUUAAAAAUAAGUAGUUCCCAUUGGUAUUUUCAACCGAUUUCCCAAAGAAAGAGGUUUAUUUUUUUUAACUUAUAAAAAGGGGCCUAAUAAAAAUCACAUUUAUUAGCAAUAAUAAUAAUAUAUUUUAAUGUGCCUUAUGUAAUUUUAAACUAAGAUAAACUUAAUAUAAGACAUAAUGCUAAGAAACGAUUGAAAAUUGUGAAUUUUUAUAUUUAUUUACAAUAUUUUACAAAUAAAUAAUAUUUCUGAGUAAAGUUUA